AAGAAAAUCAAAACAAUUCUUCUUCUUCUUCUUCGCGGGACGCAAAAAUGUCGAGCCCUCCUGCAGAGGAAACCCUAGCAGAACCAGCAGCAGCAUCUGAAGAAGAAGAAGAAGAAGAAGCAGAGCAGAAGGUCUCCGACACCGACAACAGCGAGCAAUCGCAAGAAUGGGAGACCAUGGCUCGAGCUUGGCUCUCGUCUUUCCCCGAGGCCAAAGCUGUGUCCAUGGACGAGGUCGAGGCCUGGAUCGACUCCAACUUCGAUUUCAUACCUGAAGGCAUCAAAUCCAUGCCUCGCCUUGACGUCUGUCACCGCCUCAUCGCUAUCCAGAACUGCAUGAGGUCCGCCAAUCAGGAGAAAGAAGAAGAUCAAGGUGAUAUUCCACAUGCUCGAUUUCAACGCACUGAUCAGUGGAGACCGGUUUAUAUUUGGUUAGAAUCUUUGAAUAGAGACGACGUUGUGAAAUCCAGAGAUAUAAGUGAGUGGCUAACUUCGAACCCGAAAAUCCAAGAGUACUUGUGCUCUAGGCAUUCUCGGUAUCAUUUGAUGCACUACAUCAAGAAAUGCCAUAUGAAGAUUCUGAAGAGGCGGGAAAGGAAGAAGGGUGUCCAGCAGUCUGACACACCAGCGUCUCUGAAGGUUCACAAAGAUGUGGAGAUGAAAAGAGAAGCUCCACUAGCCUGCACUAAUUUAAUCAAUGUACCUCAAGAUAGUGAUCUAUUUAUGAUGAAACGAAAGGAAGCACUUGAGAAAUUUCAGAUCUUAGUGGAGCUUGAGAAGCUGCUUGCCCCUACGUUCUUAAAGCGUGGAGAUGGAAACAAGUGAAAGAAUUCUGAAGCACCAGACUAGCAUCUGUGCCCUGCCCCUGCACUUUUUUUUUUAAUAAUUUAAUUUUUAAUUUUUUUUUUUCUGUAGUCUAGUAAGGGCUUUAACUAAUGAAAGAAAAACCACAUUUUUCCAUAUGUAAAGCAAGCUUUGAACGAGCUGGGUUAAAUUCUCUUGUUGACCUUGAUCAA